CUACAAGAUUUUCAGUACUAUAAGGCUGAGUUUUAAAUAGAUGGUUGUCACCUCUCCACACUAGAAAAAAAAAUGGAUGUCCUCUAUACCAUAUUCACCUGUAUAGGAACUCUCUGUGUCAUUUCUUUGACUUCCUUCUUAGUUUUAAUACUAAGGAUCUAUGCUGGCAAGUCAAUCGGAAACCCCAAAUCUGCACCAGUGGUAGGAACUGUGUUUCACCAACUCUUCUACUUCAAAAGACUUUAUGAUUAUCAAACAGAAGUCGCCAAGAAAAUUCCUACCUCCCGACUUCUAGCUCCAGACGAGAGCAUAAUAUGCACCACUGAUUCAAGAAAUGUUGAGCACAUUCUUAAGACAAAGUUUGGCAAGUAUUCUAAAGGCAAGCGUAAUGAAGAGAUAAUAAUGGAUUUGUUUGGAAAAGGGAUUUUUGCUGUGGAUGGUGAGAAAUGGAAGCAGCAGAGAAAGCUUGCAAGCCUGGAGUUCUCAGCUAGGGUCUUGAGAGACUUUAGCUGCACAGUUUUCAGAAAAAGAGCAGCCAAAUUGGUCAGAAAAGUUUUUCAAUUCUAUAACUCCAACCAAGUUUUUGAUAUUCAAGAACUGCUAAUGAGAUGUUCCCUGGAUUCAAUAUUCAAAGUUGGCUUUGGAGUUGAUUUAAACUGUCUGGAUGGAUCAGGAGGAGAUGAUAACAGUUUCAUCAAGGCCUUUGAUGAUUCUAAUGAAUUGAUAUAUUGGCGUUACGUCGAUCCCUUUUGGAAGCUUAAGAGAUACUUCAAUAUCGGCUCUGAAGCUCUCCUAAAAAAGAACAUCAAAUUCAUCCAUGAAUUUGUUGAUGAACUGAUUAGAUCAAGGCGCAAACAGCUAGAAGUGAAACAAGAUUCCAUUGAUAAGGAGGAUAUACUGUCAAGGUUUCUGGUAGAGAGCAAGAAGGAUCCAGAGAAAAUGACUGAUCAGUAUCUCAGAGAUAUAAUACUGAAUUUUAUGCUUGCUGGCAAAGACAGUACUGCUAAUACUCUUUCAUGGUUCUUUUACAUGCUUUGCAAGAACCCCUUAAUACAAGAAAAGGUUGUUGAGGAAAUUACAAAAGUUAUUGGUAAUAACAUGAAGGAUAAGGAACAUUUGGAAGAUUUUGUAGCAAGUAUUACAGAAGAAGUCCUCGAGAAAAUACAUUAUCUUCAUGCAGCGUUGACAGAAACCUUGAGGCUAUACCCUGCAGUCCCAGUGGAUGGCAGAUGUGCAGAUGCAGACGAUGUUCUUCCUGAUGGCUUUCACAUCAGAAAGGGGGAUGAAGUCAAUUAUGUGUCCUAUGCAAUGGGGAGAAUGCCUUAUAUUUGGGGGAAUGAUGCUGAAGAUUUCCGACCUGAAAGAUGGUUGAAAGAUGGGAUUUUCCAGCCAGAGUCACCAUUCAAAUUCAUAGCAUUUCAUGCUGGUCCACGAAUAUGUCUAGGCAAAGAUUUCGCUUACAAGCAAAUGAAGAUUUUAGCAAUGGCUCUUCUCCAUUUCUUCAGGUUCAAGUUAUCCGAUGAGAUGAAAGUAGUAACCUACAGAACCAUGUUUACACUCCACAUCAAUGAAGGGCUUCCAGUUCAUGCAGUUCCAAGAAGAGGAUUAGUAGGAGGCUGAAAUGCAGAAAGCACUAUGAAUGUCAUCUUUAAAGCUAAUAUACAUAAGUUAUGAUUGUCUAUUUGACAUUUGAACUAUUA